GGCUGGAUGCAAAGAUAGAUAUGAUCCCGGGGAACGCGGGGACGGUCAAUGCCCAUCACAUACGUACUCUGCUUUGCUUGCUAGGGUUGGGUUGGUGCACCUGCACUGCACUGCACGGGCCAGCUUCAUUCAUUUUGCUGUCCUCCAUUUCUCAUCUCACCGGCUCCUUCCUGGAACCUUCGCUCCUCCAUGGUCAUGCUUCCAUUCCAUCCCAUCCUUUUAAAGAAGAAGAAAAGCAGCGGGGUAAUGUUCAACGCAGCAUUAGAUAGCUACUCUACUCUACUCCAGUGUCAACUACUUACCAGCCAGAAGCGCAAUGGCCGCCACGCCGGAGGAGUUCCUGGGGCAGCAGGGUUUCCUUGCGCGCCUCGAGCCGCCGUCCCCGUCCCUCUUCCUCGACCUGCCGCCCACGCCCCGCGACGACGACGGCCACUCCUCCUUCGACGACAUGGUGCUCCCCUACAUCUCGCGCCUGCUCAUGGAGGAGGGCACGGAGGACCACCUCUUCUACCUCUACCCCAACCACCCCGCCGUCCUGCGCGCGCAGCAGCCCUUCGCGCAGAUCCUCGUCGACCUCGCCGACAGCGCCAGCGCCAGCGGCUCCACCUCCUCGCCCUCCUCCUCUUCCGACGCAACUGCCUCCACCACCCCCAGCACCGCAACUGCUUCGGCAUCGGCAUCGGCAUCGCCCGACGACGCACCAGUCCAGAUCUCACGGCCGCCCUACACCGACGUCAACGGCCAUGCCUCCGCCUCCCCGGACAAUCACAGCCCAGGGCUCCUCAACGGCGACGAGAUGGCCAAAAGGCCGAGCUCUGACUUGUUCAAUCACUUGUUGCCCCGCGACGAGGACAUGCUCAACCUGGCCUUCCUCAAAGGCAUGGAGGAGGCUAGCAAGUUCUUGCCGCCCGACAUCACCCUGUCCAUCAACGAGGGGACAGUGGUGGGAGGCGGGAAUGCUGUCAGCCUCAACAACAAGAAGAGGGCCGCACUGGCACUGGAGCCGGAUGUGGGCAGGCCCAGCAAAUUGAUGAUGCCGGAGCAGGAGGAACGCAAGAUGUUUGACGAAAUGAUGUUCCAGGAACACGAGAUAUGCAUGAAGGGGACUCAGAACCUGACCGCCGCAGUGGACGGCGAGCCCGGGAAGAACAGCCGGAAGAACGGCCGGUCGAGAAAGGCCGUGGAUGACAGUGAGAUGGUGGACCUGCACACGCUGCUGCUCAACUGCGCUCAGGCGCUGUCCACGGACAACCGCCAGAGCGCCAUUGAGCUGCUGAAGCGAAUCAGGCAGCAUUCGUCCCCGAAGGGGGAUGCAGGGCAAAGGCUGGCGCAUUAUUUCGCCAAUGGGCUGGAGGCACGGCUGGCGGGUAGGGGGAGCGAGCUUUACCAGUCACUCCUACUAAGCCGCAUCUCGGUAGCCGACUUCCUCAAGGCCAACCAGCUUUACAUGGCGGCUUGCUGCUGCAAGAAGGUGGCGUACAUCUUCGCCGACAAGACCAUCUGCAAUGCUGUGGCAGGUAAGAGACGGUUGCACAUUGUGGACUAUGGUCUGAAUCAAGGGCUCCAGUGGCCGGGUUUGCUACGCAUGCUCGCGGCUAGAGAAGGCGGGCCGCCGGAGGUGAGGAUCACCGGCAUUGACCUCCCUCAACCUGGGUUCCACGGAGCCUACCACAUCGAGGAGACGGGGCGCAGGCUCAGCAACUUCGCCCGCAUGUUCGGCGUGCCGUUUAAGUUCCGUGGUAUCCCAGCAAAGCGGGAGACUGUCCGGCCGGAGGACCUGAACAUCGACCGGGACGAGGUGCUUGUGGUGAUCAGUCUUUGUCACUUCAGGCACCUGAUGGACGAAAGCCUCGGCUUUGAUGGUCCAAGCCCUAGGGAUCAGGUCCUCAACAACAUCAGGAAGAUGCGUCCAGAUGUGUUCAUACAUGGCAUCAUGAAUGGCUCAUACGGUGCUACAUCCUUUCUGACACGGUUCCGCGAGGCACUGUUCCAUUACUCGGCCCAGUUCGACCUGCUGGACACAACCGCCCCCCGGGACAACGAAGGGCGUCUGCUGCUCGAGCGCGACAUCUUCGGCCGGUCUUGCCUGAAUGUCCUAGCAUGUGAAGGUGCGGACCGGGUGGAGCGCCCUGAGACGUACAAGCAGUGGCAGCUCCGGAACCACCGGGCUGGGCUGAGGCAGCUGCCGUUGAAUCCAGAGGUUGUUAAGCUUGUGCUGGACAAGGUCAAGGACAACUACCACAGGAACUUUGUUGUUGAUGCGGAUCAGCGGUGGUUGCUACACAGGUGGAAGGGGCGUGUGCUCUACGCCUGGUCAUCAUGGAUUGCAGCUGAUGCCACCUAGCUUGUUUUCUCAAUCUAAUGUCUGAUUAUAGACAUAGAUAGAUAGAUAUAUCCACGCUUAUAUAGUGCUGGUACAUCUCUUGUACGUACCUGACAAGCAAUUCCACAUAUUACAUGCGUUAAAUUGUUUGUGUUAAGGAUGUGUGGCUUCUAAACUUCAGUUGCUGCUGUAUCAUCAAAUUGAUAGAUAAGCUUUCCUUGCUUGGGAAGAGUAAUAUUAGAUGCUAGUUGAGCAAUAAAGUUGCACUGGUGACUUACAUCGUU